AUGGCGAUUGUUGUCGAACUUUUAUUUCUAUUCAUUUUCUCAACUAAUCAUCCUCAUUCUUCAUAUUUUAUUCAUGCCGAUUCAACAUCAUGCCGUCGACAAGUCGAAUGUUUUAUAUGUGAUUCACGUGAGAUAGAAGCAUGUGAAGAUGUAAGAAAUUUUUCUCAAGCACAAAUUCCAACACGACUAUGCGACGAUUAUUGCCUAAAAGUGUGGACACGCGAAAAUGAUAGUGUAAUUGGCGAUGAUAAAACAAGUGCAUUACGUUAUGUACGACGUGAUUGUCAUAAAAUAUUUCGUUUUCAUAUUAAAAAAGCUGAAACAUGUUAUCAACAUAAAAAGCAUCAUACUGAUUCUCUCUGUUUAUGUAGUUCAGACAGAUGCAAUUCAUCGAUGAAUGUUCGACUAAAACGAACUUAUUAUUGGAUUUUUUUCAUGUUUUUUAUUUUCUAUUGUGUCGAUGUGUUUUCUUUGGUUACCAAUUAUUAG